AUGAAGUUCCUCGCCGGCAUCCUCUUCUUCGCUGCUGCCUCCAUGGCCACUGCAGGACCUGCUCCGGGUGAUAACGAGUACGGAAACAAUGAUCAAUGCCAGUCGGUUGGAAAACGCUGCAGCUACAGCGUCUAUCCGGCGCUCGCUUGUUGUCCGCAGCUCAAGUGCUGGACUCCUCCUGGAUCCCCGCCCGGUGCUUAUGGCUAUUGCCGUAAGAACUAG